AUGAGCACGACAAAGUUGUAUUAUUUUGCAAGACUUAGUGACGGUAUUGGUCCUGAAAUCUCUACUGCAGUCCAAAAGAUUUUUGAAGCAGCUGAGGUACCCAUUGCUUGGGAUCCUGUUGACGUAACUCCAGUUAAAGGCCGUGAUGGAGUUUACCGAAUACCAAAGAAAUGUAUCGAGCUUAUGCAUAAAAACAAAAUUGGUCUGAAAGGCCCUCUUGAAACUCCUGUUGGUAAAGGACAUGGCUCGUUAAACCUGGCUAUAAGAAAGGAGUUCCACCUCUUUGCUAACGUUAGACCUUGUCGUUCUUUGGUUGGACAUAAAACACUGUACGACAAUGUAAAUGUUAUUACAAUUCGAGAGAAUACAGAGGGGGAGUAUUCUGGUAUCGAACAUGAGAUAGUUGAUGGGGUUGUUCAAAGCGUAAAACUAAUUACCGAAGCUGCCUCAAGAAGAGUUGCAAAAUUCGCUUUUGAGUAUGCACGGGCUAACGGACGUAAGAUGGUAACUGCGGUACAUAAAGCGAAUAUUAUGAGGUUGUCAGAUGGUCUGUUUCUCAACUGUUGUCGUGAAGAGGCACCAAAUUACCCAGACAUAAUUUUUAAAGAGGCAUACCUCGAUACUGUUUGUCUUAAUAUGGUUCAAGAUCCAAAUCAAUACGACGUGCUGGUAAUGCCAAAUCUCUAUGGUGAUAUACUUUCUGACCUCUGUGCGGGUUUAAUAGGAGGUCUGGGUGUCACCCCUUCAGGAAAUAUAGGGGAAGAUGGUGCUGUAUUUGAAUCUGUGCAUGGUACCGCACCCGAUAUUGCGGGACAGGACAAAGCAAACCCGACUGCACUUCUUCUGUCCGGCGUGAUGAUGUUGCGUUAUAUAGGUUUUAAAGAUCACGCUAGCAAAAUUGAAAAGGCUUGUUUCGAUUCCAUUGCUGAAGGAAAGCACAAAACGAAGGAUCUCGGGGGCUUCUCAACGUGUUCUAAAUUCACCGCAGAUAUUUGUUCGAGAAUAAAGAAAAUGACCUAG